CCGCUUCAAAUUACGACUCCAAUUUAUUUGAUUGAAAAAAAAAAAAGAACGAGAAUUUGGAAGAACUGCAACUCACCUCUCACUCUGCGGAAGGAGGAGAAGCCGCAGCCGCCGCAAUGGUGAAGUACUCCAGAGAACCCGAAAAUCCCACUAAGUCUUGCAAGGCUAGAGGCUCUGAUCUUAGGGUUCAUUUCAAGAAUACCAGGGAGACUGCCUUUGCAAUCAGGAAGCUGCCCCUUGUUAAGGCAAAGAGGUACCUGGAGGAUGUUCUGGCCCACAAACAGGCUAUUCCAUUCCGACGCUUCUGCGGUGGUGUUGGGAGGACUGCCCAGGCCAAGAACAGACAUUCCAAUGGACAAGGACGCUGGCCCGUGAAAUCAGCUAAAUUCAUUCUUGAUUUGCUCAAGAAUGCUGAGAGCAAUGCUGAGGUGAAAGGUUUGGAUGUGGAUGCUCUUUACAUUUCUCAUAUCCAGGUUAAUCAAGCACAGAAACAAAGGCGCCGCACCUACCGAGCUCACGGAAGAAUCAAUCCUUACAUGUCAUCACCAUGCCACAUAGAGUUGAUUUUAUCUGAGAAGGAAGAGCCUGUGAAGAAAGAGCCGGAGACCCAGCUGGCAACAAGCAAAAAGAAGUCUCAAGCUAUUCGUAGUGGUGCUUCAUCCUAAAUUGUUGUUGAAGCAGAUUGUCGAAAGUCCUAAGUUGUCAGUUUUGUUGCUCGUUAUUUGUCAUGGAUUUCUCUUGUAGAAGAAUGAACAGCACUUCUGCUUCACAUAGACGCUGUCAAGUUAAUUUUGAGAUUCUUGGAAAUUUUGUUUUGGAAAUGUACUAUUUGUUGGGUAUUACCUAGUGUCUUUAGUUAAGCAUUAAAAAUGGUUGAUCCAGGAUCUAUGAUUUUGUUCCUUUUCUAGCUUUUGCCUAAAGAAUUUUCAUA